UUGAUCGUUCCAAGCGCGCGCAAUUCCAAGAAACGUCACGAAGUUCGCUUUGCGAAAAACAAAAAAACAACUCGCGCUUCCUUCCGUCGGACAUCGCGUGCGCGCAACUCUUAUUUACUGUUAUCAGCGGGCCAAGCUGCAGUGAUUGGCUUUUCGACCAAUAGAGUCAUGUGAAUUGUGCAUUGUUCCUUGUGCUCCCACUUCUUCUUCUACUUAUUCAACGUGUUGUGCGUGCAAUUGCUUCUGCCCAGUUCCGCGCCUGGUCUGUGCGCCAUCUGCCAAACGUAGUUCCUAAGUUAAUUCAUAAGUAAAACACAGUAAAAAUCAAAAUGGAUAUGUCCAGCGCCAACUCCUUGCGGCCGCUCUUUACUGGUUAUCCUUUUCAGGGCCAGGGACGCGUCAAUCAGCUGGGCGGCGUCUUCAUCAACGGUCGCCCACUGCCCAACCACAUACGCCUGAAGAUAGUUGAAAUGGCGGCCAGCGGAGUAAGGCCCUGUGUGAUAUCGCGACAGCUACGAGUUUCGCAUGGCUGUGUGUCCAAGAUACUGAAUCGCUACCAGGAGACGGGCUCUAUUCGGCCGGGCGUGAUUGGCGGCUCCAAGCCGAAGGUGACUUCGCCGGAGAUCGAGGGACGAAUCGAUGAGCUGCGCAAGGAAAAUCCCGGCAUAUUUAGCUGGGAGAUACGCGAGAAACUGAUGAAGGAAGGCUUUGCUGAUGCGCCGUCGACUUCAUCGAUCAGUCGACUGCUGAGGGGCAACGAUCGCAGCAGCGAAGAUGGACGCAAGGACUAUACGAUCCAUGGCAUACUGGGCGGCCGGGACUCGGACAUCAGUGACACCGAAUCGGAGCCGGGUAUUCCUCUCAAACGCAAACAGCGACGCUCCCGCACCACAUUCACCGCCGAGCAGCUGGAAGCUCUCGAGCGCGCCUUCUCACGCACCCAAUACCCGGAUGUGUACACCCGUGAGGAGCUCGCUCAGACCACCAGCUUGACGGAGGCGCGCAUCCAGGUCUGGUUCUCCAAUCGUCGUGCGCGUCUGCGCAAACAUUCAGGCGGCUCGGGGUCUGGGCUGUCGCCCAUGAAUGGCAGCGGUGCAGGCGUUGGCGUGGGUGUCGCUCCCAGCGGUGCAGCUGCACCACUCGGCUUUGGUCCACUGGGCGUAGGCUCUAUGGCUGGCUACAGUCCCGCCGCAGGCACCACGGCCAGCGGAGCACCGGGCAUGACCGACAGCUCUCACCACCACCACAGCACCGCCCAUGCUCCCAGCUCCCACAGCGCAGCAGCAGCUGCAGCGGCGGCUCAUCAUCACACACAAAUGGGCGGAUACGAUCUGGUACAGAGCGCGGCGCAGCACGGCUUCCCGGGCAGCUUUGCACAGCACGGGCACUUCGGCGGGCAGAACUAUUAUCAUCAAGACUACUCCAAGCUGACCAUUGACGACUUCUCGAAGCUAACCGCGGAUAGUGUGUCAAAGAUCUCGCCAUCCUUGCAUCUGAGCGAUAAUUAUGCGAAGCUGGAGUCGCCCUCCAACUGGUCACAGGCUGCCUACCACCUCAACCAGUCGGCGGUGGCGGCGGCCAAUUACAACGCGGCGGCUGCCCACCAUGCGGUCGCCCAGCAUCAGUUGACUGACUAUGCGGCUGCAGCGGUUCACGGCAAUGUGGCUGCCGCCUACAACCAUCCACUGCCCGCCCAGGGCCAGACGGCCAAGUACUGGUCAUGAAUUAAUAAACUAAGCGCCCCUCGCACACCUUAAACCGUUUGGAGCUUCAGUUAGUUGUAGAAUAUUAAAACUUGAUUACAAUUAUCAGCAGAGGCACAUGUAAAUCUUAGACACUUACCUAUUUAUUCCAGCGAUAUGCAAAUCAACAUCUUAGCUAUAGCAUUAGAAUUUAAUAAUAUAUUAAAUUGCAUAUAAAUUACACGGCUAUUA